ACGUGGGAGGAGCGUGCGUGACACAUCAAAAAACAGUUUAUGAAAACAGACAGCAGCCCAGCGGCCAACACUCACAACGGUGGAUAAACGACGCUAGAAAGACCACGGGAAAGUCAGAGUAAACCUGGUUAAUUUAAGACAACAUUGGCGCGUCCUACUAUUGAACGACAGACCGAGGAGGAAACGUGAUUUGGUUGUUGAGAUUUCAUCACUGCUGGUUGUCAAGUUAUUUCUGCGAUGGAGUUUCCGGAUCUGGGAGAGCAUUGCUCUGAGAAGACCUGCAAGCGUUUAGACUUCCUUCCCAUGAGAUGUGAUGCCUGUCAAGAGAUCUUCUGCAAGGACCACAUAACCUAUGCAAAUCACAAAUGCACAUCAUCCUAUAAAAAGGAUAUCCAGGUCCCAGUAUGUCCUUUGUGCAACAUCCCCAUUCCAAUCAAGAGAGGAGAGAUGCCCGACAUAAAGGUCGGUGAACACAUCGAUCGGGAUUGCAAAUCAGACCCUGCGCAAAGAAAGAGAAAGAUUUUUACAAAUAAAUGUUCUAAAGGAGGCUGUAAGCAGAAGGAAAUGAUGCGAGUGACCUGCGACCAGUGCCAUUUAAAUUACUGUCUUAAACACCGACAUCCACUAGACCAUGAUUGUAACACUGAUAAAAAACCUUUGUCCAAAAGUGGACAUGCUGCUGUAAUGAGGGCCCACGGUUCCUCCUCCGCCUCUGCUUCUAGUUCAUCUGGUACAGGAAGCUCUAGACCUGUUUCUAAUGGUGUGACUGCUAAUAAUAGAGGCCACAAUAGCGGCUCUACCCAGCGGAUCCCCACUUCAGUUUCAGCACAGAAUGUAAUUCCACCAUCAACAUCAUUUCAGGCCGGGAUGACGGAGGAGCAGGCUUUACAAAGGGCUCUGGAGAUGUCUUUGGCUGAGUCGAGGGUAACUGUUCAGCCAACCCUUAGCCCUCAGGAGCAGGAGGAUCUGGCUCUCGCUCAGGCUCUCGCUGCCAGUGAAGAAGAAUACAGACGCCAGCAGCAGAGACAACAGGUACCCGGAAAGCUUAGCCGUCACUAGCAUGCUAACAGGAACACAUGGGAGGGAGUCCAAACAGUCGACCUGCAGCCUUUCUUAAUGUCGGACCACCAUUUAGACUUCAAGCUGUGCUAAUUACAUUCUAGAAACUGCACAUCUGGGAUUAUCAAUGAUUGUGAAAUAAAUGAAAACCUCGUAAAAGUUGCUGAGAUAUUUCCGCCUUCUACAAUAUAAAGCACAUACUUUCCUAGCAGGAUCGGUCAUUUUUACUGAUGAUUUGCUCUGUAUAUAUUUUAUAUGUUGAUCAUGAAACCAUUAUAUUACCACAUAUGAAUAUUGAAUAAAUUAUUACAAUGAUGCACUCUGAA